AUGGAUAACAGUCAAGAGCAGAAUUCUGGCUAUAAUAUUGAGAAUGGAGAAAUAUGUACUUUGGCUUCUAUGUUGAAGGAAUAUCUACGCGUUCAUACCAAAGAAAAGCCCUUCAGCUGUUCCAUAUGUCCACAAACCUUCACUUCCAAUGGAAGUCUUAAAAGACACCAAUUGAUUCACACUGGAGAAAAGCCAUUCAGUUGUUCCACAUGUCAACGAACCUUCACCACUAAAGACAGUCUGAAGAUACACAUGCAAAUUCAUACGGGCGAAAAGCCCUACAGCUGCCACAUAUGUUCGAAAAGAUUUCGAUGUAAAUUCUACUUUUCAAAGCACAUAAAAGCCCAUACUGGUGAUAAGGCUUUCACCUGCACAAUGUGUUCGAAAGCUUUCCUCCUCAAAUGCAAUCUUGUUGCACACAUGCGAACCCAUACUCACAAGAAGCCCUUCAGUUGCACAGUGUGCCCAAAAGCUUUUAUACACAAAAGUGAUCUCAAGAGACACGAGCUGAUUCAUACUGAUGAGAAGCCCUUCAGCUGCUCAGUGUGUGCGAAAACUUUCAGAGUAAAAUACAAUCUUGACAAACAUAUGGGAAUCCACUCUGACGAGAAGUCCUACAGCUGCUCCAGGUGUUCGGAAGCUUUUAGGUUCAAAAAACAUCUUAUGGCACACUUGCAAAUCCAUACUAUUAAGAAGCUCUUCAGCUGCCCCAGAUGUUCGGAAGCUUUUAGCCUCAAACGCCACCUUAUGACACACUUGGAAACCCAUACCGAUAAGGAGCCCUCCACUUGUACGGUAUGUUUUAAGUCUUACAAAUAUAAAACAAAUUUUAAGAAACACAUGAAAAUCCACGAAGAGGAGAGUUCCCGACGCAGCAGCAAUAAGUCCCCAUCAACUUUCGUCCAUGGCAAUGCAGUUGGUCUCGAAAAACAUGUCGAAGCCCCUCAUCGACGUACCCACGACAACAGACUAUGUCCACGAACCUUCAACCGAGAAGAUCAACUCUCAGUGCAUGUGGACAAUGAACACCCAAACGAGUGCCAACCAGUUUGUGGAUACGAGGAAUUGACGAGACGCAAGGACCAAGUUCGGAAUGAGAUGGUCGAAUACCCCCACGACUGCAGACUAUGUCCACGAACCUUCAACCAAGAAGAUCAACUCUCAGUGCAUGUGGACAAUGAACACCCAUACGCGUGCCAACCAGUUUGUGGAUACGAGGAAUUGACAAGACGCAAGGACCAAGUUCGGAAUGAAAUAGUCGAAUCCCUUCAACACACCCACGAUUGCAGACUAUGUCCACAAACCUUCAACCGAGAAGAUCAACUCUCAGUGCAUGUGGACAAUGAACACCCAUACGCCUGCCAACCAGUUUAUGGAUACGUGGAGUGGAUGAAGAGAAAAUGCCAUAGCCAUAGUAAGCGUUGA